AUGGCAUACAAUGAAAAUGCUGGUGAAGUUCAAACUUUAUUACACUUAUUUGAAGAAGAUAAACCAAUUAUAUUCAAAGGAGUUCAACACUUUGUUCCACAUUUCAUAGGAAUCUAUGUAGGCAAGGACCCUCAUAGUAGAAGAUUCUAAGGAGAGUUGUAGAAAUGGGUUGCUUAAUACGGAUAAGGAGCAUUUGUUGAUGUAAUGAAGAAAGGCUAUGAAGAUACUCUACCUAACUUUAGACAUAUUCAAAUCAAUUAAAAAUAUCUCUGGUUUGAAAAAGAAGAUAGAAUCAUUUAAACACCUGAAAAGGUUGAAUAAACAUUCACAUCUGAAACUGAAUCAGUCGAUGAAUAUGCAGUUGGUGUUUGGACUAGAUGGUUAAUAGCAUUCCCUACUACUCUGACUGAUAGAGCAGAUGUCCACACUAUUUUCAGAUUCUCAAGCACUCGUCAAUAUUAAGAUAAGAGCGAAUUAGGAAACAGAGUAUUGUCAGCCUUCCUUACAAAAGGAAAUUACGAAUUCAGUACAUAUGAUGCAUCUAAACCUACUAAUGCAGUUGAUGCUAAAUUGCCAUAUGAUAAUAUUGAAGGCGAAUGGACUUAUAUCUAUGCUGCCUAUAAGAAUAAGAACUUCUAUGGUAUGGUCUUAUUCAAGGAUCAAUAAAAGGCAGCCCAUCUAAAUAUUGAGGUCACUCAUCAGGUGUUAACUGGUUAUGCUCACUUUGUCUUAGGUGCUAAUGAAUUCGGAUAUAAGGCAUUCCACGGCUGGUUCUAUGAUCCAAGAAUAUUCUUAGGUGCUGGAAGUUACAUCAGUGAAUCCCAAAAGGUCGUAGAGAUGAUCCAUAAAUUACACAGGAAAUUACCAGUUACACCUUAAUAGGCAGAAGAUUUCAAAUGGCCAGUCUCUUUGUUGGACACAACCAAUCAGGAUGACCUUGAUUCUAAGAAGGAUUAAUUGAAUUUUGAAUUCACAGACAAAGCAGAAAUGUAAUCUUACAGUAUUGGAUUCUGGUUCCAAAAUGCCGUUUUACUCCCAGAAAUGGAAAAUGAGUACACUGGUUUAGUUCGUUUUAACUACAAAUGGACCUGA